AUGACCGAAGAAGCAGGAUUUUUUCAAGACUCGUUCAAUUCCAAAGAAACAAGCAAGAUGAGUGGUGAGAAGCCUUCCUCUUGCACUCCACUCACGAUCCGACAACUUCUCGGAAACAAAAAGACCAAUGAACGGUUUCAUGUGGACGGAAAGGAAUUGGAUAUUGUUGAAAUUUUGGGUCAAGUAGUGGCCAUUUCCAAGAAGAGCACUUACACUUCCUUUACCGUUGAUGAUUGCACAGCCUCAAUGGAGAUUAAAGUUUUCGACUCGAGCUUAAAAAACAAUGAAUUUCUAGCAAAAGAGAGAGAAAACAUUCGAGAGGGAGAUUUUGUAAAAUUCUUUGGACACAUUAGCGAAUGGAAGGAAAGAUUUAGUUUGAAUGCAAUCAUGGCCCGAAUUGUCACAGAUGCAAACGAAAUUUAUUUCCACAUGCUCGAAUGCAUUCAAGUACAUCUUUACAACACCCAAGGCCCUCCACCAAGUAUUACUGGAUCGUCGAACGCUGAUGCUAUGAACACUUCCAUGGUGGGCAACGAAGCCUAUAAUUUUGGAACAUCAUCUUCUGUACAAAACGAUGCUUCUGUGGCAAGACUGGAACAACUCAUGGAUGAAAUUCUUACUACGGCAUCACAGGUAAUAACCCCUCAAAAGAAAAGAACUGGAGUACUGAAAUCUGAAAUUUUGGACGCUCUCAUUGGACAAUAUCCUGAAGAUUAUUUAGAAGCAGCAUUUGAUAACCUAGUUCAAUUAGGAAAGCUAUUUAACACCCUAGAUGAUGAACAUUUUACAAUUAACUAA